CAGGAUAGCCGAAAUGCAACGUGUCCCUAGUCGAUCGGCUAGGCGUCUACUGAAAGAAAGAUAGGCCACCACGAACAGCGUCGCACACUGCCAUGGAAAGCACGGGAGGAGCUAGACCGACCACGACGGUGCAGGACCUCGCAGUAGGCGCGCAGGACGUUCCCGCCAGGUUCGUCGCGCGUGGGCACCACGACCACGACCAUGAGACGGCCACGGCGCCGGUCCCUGUCAUCGAUCUCGGCCGGCUUUUCCAGCAGGACGGUUCUGGCGCCGCUGUCGACGAGGCGGCAAAGCUCCGGUCGGCGCUCGAGUCUUGGGGCCUCUUCCUGGUCAGUAACCAUGGCGUAGGCGCCGACGUGAUGGACGGCAUGAUGGCCGCGUCGAGAGACUUCUUCCGGCGACCGGCCGAAGAGAAGCAGAUAUACACCAACCUGAUCGGUGGCGAGCGGUUCCAGCUCCAGGGGUACGGGACCGACCGGGUGAGCUCGCCGGACCAGGUCCUCGACUGGUCCGACCGCCUGUACCUCAAGGUGGAACCGGAGGACGAGCGGAGCCUCACACUGUGGCCAGCGCAUCCCCAAAACUUCAGGGACCUUCUCCACGAGUUCACCACCAAAUGCAGGGGACUUAAGUACAGUCUCCUGCUGGCAAUGGCUAAGCUGCUGGAGCUUGAUGACGACUACUUGGUUGACCAGCUUGGAGAGAAAGCUGACACCCACGCUAGAUUCAGCUACUACCCUGAGUGCUCAAAGCCCGAGCUCGUGUUCGGCCUGAAGCCACACUCUGACGGAACCGUUCUUUCUAUUCUCAUGGUCGAUGAAAGCGUCGGUGGGCUACAAGUCCUGAAAGAUGGCAUCUGGUUCGAUGUACCGAUCGUGCCUCGCACCCUGCUGGUCAACAUAGGAGAUCAAACUGAGAUAAUAAGCAAUGGAAUUUUUAGGAGCCCUGUGCAUAGGGUCAUGACAAAUGCUGAUAGUGAGAGGCUGUCAGUGGCCCUAUUCUACUCUGUUGAUCCUGAGAGAGAAAUCGAGCCAGCAGCUCAACUGGUAGAUGAGAAUAAACCAGCAUUGUAUAGGAAGGUCAAGGUCAAGGAUUACCUUGCUGGGUUCUACGGACGCUUUUCUCAAGGAGCAAUGGUUAUCGACACAGUGAAGAUAUAACUCAAUGCACGAGGUGGUUUUAUGCAUAAACUCCUGUAAUUUUGUACCACCAUUGUAUUGAGUUUGUUUCAUAUGUUGUUA